AAUAAACAGUUAAUGUGCAGUCGGGAUCAUAUUGUAGCCGUUUUUGUCAUUUUGAAUCAGAUCAAGUAAUCGAUGUGGAAUGCUAUGCUAGAAUAGUACUUGCUGAAGUGAUAAAGUUGUGUAUACAUGGAACAAAAUAGGUUAAAGAUGAGAGCCUGAGAUAGAACGAUUUAGAAAGAUGUCGUACAGAACUAGAUCACCAUACUCCAACCGAACUGCAUAUGGCGUGAGAUUCAAUGGAUUUACGGUCCCUUUCAACAGCCCUACAUACCUGCCCUCAAAUAGGAUGGGGUCGAGGAGGGUCGUCAGGUCACCAGGCGAGUGCUUGGAUUGGAUAAAACAAAAACAGGCUGCAAUAGAGGAGGAACCGUUGGGAGAGAACUUCGCCAGUGUUCAGGAUGCCAGAGAAGGCGCUCGAAAAGACAAGGUCGAGAUUGAUGAGUUCAAAGCACAAAUGGAGAAGUUUAAACAACCAAAGGUGUUGCUCUCAACAAAAAGUUGGAAUGAAAACCGUCGUGGCAGUAUGUUCAUGUACCAGUUGGUUAAGUGGGAAUCUAAGUAUUCGGCAGAAGAGAUCCAAGCGAUGACUUCGGGCUACAAUACACUUACGGACCUGUCUACUGCAAAACAAAAAUGUUUGGAGUCACUGAUGUUUGUCUCCGAGCUCGAGGAAUAUUAUUCGAACUUAGCCGUAGAAAUCGAUACUAGAGCCCUUCAGCUUAGUGAAGAGGCCACAACAUCAGACUCCUUAAAGCAUGUAGGUAGCGGAAGUGACGUUGUAACCAACACCUACCAGAAAUGUAUCUACGCUGUGAGGAACACAUGGCGGUGGUUAGGCCAAGUGAACCACUGUUUAGAGAUACAUAUGAAAAACGCUGCACAAUACCAUCAGUUUUUCCACGAAGUUAACCACUGUGAACAAGGUUUGAAUGAUCUGAUAGGAUGGUUGAACAGAUACAACAACAGCCAGAGAAGCAAAGAUCCUAUGGAAGAAAUGAAAGACAUAAAGGACGCUACCAAGACACUGCUAGACUUCCAGGCAGCUGUAGAGGCCCUUGUAACCAGAAGUGGUGAUGUAGUUCCUCUCAAACAACGCAAGGACCCUGAUGGACUGCCAAGACCGGUCACUGCUCUAGUCCCUUAUUCACAAGAUGGGGUUGAUAUCACGGAACAAGAAGAGUACAUUUUGGUUAACAAUUCUGACCCCACAAAAUGGCGGAUACGUGUGAAAGAUGUUGAGGUCACUCUACCUGCCAUAAUAUUUGUAAUUGGGGCUCCUGAUAGAGAGGCGGUCGAUAGAGCAAGGAGAUUGAGGAUGAGACUACUAGCGUGUUGGAAAUCAUGUUUGUCGAUUGUACGUCAUCAGCUCACUAUUUUCAUGAACGAUGUUCUGCAAGAUGACACCAACGAUGACGUAGCUGAACUAAGACGUGACCAAAGGAAAGAGGUGUUACAAUUUCUCCAUGAUACUCUUGACAAACUAUGCCCUCCAGAUCCCAGAGAUGCUCCUUAUAUCGCUUUGGAAGAUACGUGUUCUCAACUAACAGACACCAUACAGCAAUCCCGUGGAGAACCAAGAUACACCAACGGGUCAGACAAUGGCAAAUGGAAGACUUAUAGCAAACUGCUUAAUACAUAUGAGGAUCUUCAAACUUAUGUUACAACAUAUGAAGAACUUUUAGCUUCUACCAAAGAGGAACAUUACUAUCUCAUCAGAAGUAUGCUCAACGAAAUCAAGUUUGUCACCAAUGCUUAUGUGGAAAGGAUGAAACCUGUAGAAAUUGACCAUACUGUCCCAAUUGAACUACAAGACAGGCUACGUGUACCUAAAUAUAUGGCUCUAAAUGAACGAAAGGCCACUCCAUUCCCUGAAUCCUCCACUAAACGGCGUGACAUAACUGUAUUGACAAAUGGUGACAACGUUGAGGAGGAGGAAACAACAUUGCUUAAGUCAACUAUAAAAGAGACAAAAACGUUUGUUAUCGUAGGAGUGAUAGAUCCUAGAAAUGACGAACAGGUCAGCAUAUAUGAGGCAAUAGCUGACAAGAUUAUUGACCAAGUUGAUGGCGUCUAUAGGAAUCCUGAAACUGGCUCCACUAUGCCUAUCCCUGAGGCUAUGAACAAAGGACUUAUAGCAGUCGAAUUCACAGACAAAACUGUAGAAGAGGAAACGACAGAGACGGAUGUUGUAACCAAAGCAACAUCUUUAGAGACAACCACAUAUUCAGUAACAGGUGUCAUUGAUCCAUUAAACAAGAAAACAAUAUCGGUGGCCGAAGCCAUAGACAGAGGAAUUCUUGAUCAACAUGCUGGCAUGUAUGUCGAUGUUUACAACAACACAAGCAUAUCGGUAGCUGAAGCUAUUGAGAAGGGAUUUGUACUAGUCACUGAGGAAUUUGUUGAGCCGAGAAAGUUAGUCAAUGGAGUAAAUUGUGAGGUACAUGGUGACAUAAGUGAUGAUGAUGAUAACACAGGUUCAGCACAAGCCCAAUAUGUGAGCAAAAGUUUUGUUAUCCUAGGAGUGAUAGAUCCUAUAUCUAACUGUGAGAUUUCAUACGACGAAGCAAUCAAGCGAGGUAUUUUGGACAUUGAAAAUGGGUUAUACAUUGACCCUAAAACAGGAGAGAGAAUUUCGAUUGCUGAUGCCAUUAGAAAAGGAUACCUUAAGGCGAGACUUGCUGAUCCCACAACUGACGUUGGCAAUAGAUGUUUGGUUACAACUAGGGUACUAGAAGUUAUUAGGCAGAAGUCAGAGGAUAAUGAAUCAAACAAGAGCAGUAUAGAUGACGUGGAUAUGACUGUCCUUACAACAAAUGAAGCAGCUUACAAUAACCUUAAGAAUCUGAUUGAUGUUAAUAUAAGGGGUAUCAAAGACCCUGCUACAGGAUAUGAUCUCACUGUGGAUGAAGCUUACAAUGGUUCAAUUGUGCAUAUGGACAAACUGGAAUAUAACGAUCAAAAUGGAGACUCUGUGAAUAUACAAGAAGCAGCAGCAUUAGGGUGUGUCCAAAUAAACACUGCAAAGGAUAUUCUGGUUGGAUAUGAAGUUAACAGCCUAGAUAACUGCUUUAAGGCAGGCAAUAUUGAUAUUACCACUGGUAGAUACACCGAUUCAAACUCUGGUAAUAAUAUCACAAUUGCAGAGGCUAUUGCAGCUGGCAGUUUAGACCCAAAUGGAGUGUGUUAUUCGGACAAGGAUAAUAAUAUCAUGAGCUUAGCUUAUGCCAUAGAGAAUAAUCUAUUUGAUCCCGAUAUUGGAGCUGUUGUUGAUGCAGAAUCCGGUACAGCGAUGAGUCUCCAACAGGCAGUAUCCACAGGUGCCAUUAAUCCUACUAUUAAUCCAGUGGAAAUCUGUAAACAGGCAGCUUCUCUGAAGUUCCUAAACUCUUUCUUGGACCCCUCUCUUAUCAAGGGGAUAAAAGACCCAACUACCUCUAAAGAUAUUACUAUUAAAGCUGCAGUACUUAAAGGUGUAUUAGACAUUCCAAAUGCCCUUUAUAACGAUAUGAAAAGUGACAACAUGCAAAAUAUUCAUGAUGCUGUUGAAUCAGGAGCUAUAACUCCAGAGACGGCUAAACAACUUCUUGGUGCAAUGAAGCAAAUGUCCCUUGGUGAAAGCAUCGUCCCAUCUAUGAUUAAUUACGAUACAGGCAAAUUCACCCACCCUGAUACCAAACAGAGAAUCACCAUAGACAAUGCUAUCGACCAAGGUUUUCUGGAUCCUAGUCAUAUUUAUUGUGUUGAUCCCACCUCUGAACAAAUUACCAAUCUUGGUAAUCUAAUUGAUGAAGGCCGUGUAGAGGCCAAAUCUGGUAGAUGUAUCGACCCAAACACAAAUGUAGGACUGAGUCUGAGAAAUGCGAUCAAAAGAGGCAUAAUCAACCCUGAUAUUAACCCUGAAUAUAUCCUUCACCAAUCUGCCCCACUAAAAGACUUUUUAAGGGCAGGAAAACUUAAUGCUGCUGAUGCAUUGUUAAUCGCACCAAAUGGCGACUCCAUUUCUUUACGUGAUGCUAUGGCAAAUGGAUAUAUUACCAAUGGAACACUCAUCCGCAUUGAUCCUAGCACUGGGAAUGUCAUACUAGCUGACAGUGCCGAUGGCAUUGUGGCAGCAAUGAUGGACAUAAACAAUGAGUUAACAUGGCUAAAUGACAUAGAGAAACAAUUGCUCAAACAACAUAGACCCAAAGAAGACAUCAGCGACAUAGGAAAUGCAUUAGAUCAAGCUGAGAAUCUCGAAAUGGAGAUUGAGGGUCACAAAGACCCUAUUGAUAACAUUCUCCAAACAGCUGAUGUUGUGAUGGAGAACAACAAGAAUGCCAGGAAGGAACAGUUAUCCAAGCAACAGCUCCAACAAUUGAAGGUCAAUGCUGCUGACCUGAGUAUGCUUUAUGAAGAGGUUAGCUCUCAGGCAUCGGGAAGGGUUCCUAAAUUGACAGCUAUGAAUGAUAAGAUGGGUACAUUCUAUAACCAACUAGAUAGUCUAGAAGAGUGGCUUGACAAUGCUGAAGCAGAAAUAGACACCAUCCAACAUAGCCUUGGAGACAUUGAUAGGUGUGAACAACAGUGUCAGCAGACAGAGCAUUUUCUGAAAGAGGCAGUAGCAGUAGACAGUACCCUCCAGGAGUUGGUAAACACUGGGAUGCAAUACCAACAGGAGGCUAAGGGUUAUGAAGAAACUCUGAAACAAUACAAGCGAGCAAAGAACCAGGGGGUAUACCAACCUUCCCAACAGCAGCAGCCGAUCAUUGAAAAAGAUGUCGCCACUGCUAAAGCAAGGUACACCAAUAUCAUGGAGAAGUGUAAAGAUCUGAUUGAUGACCUAGCUGGUACAAUUCAUAAGAAUAAAGAAUUCAAAGACCUACAGGCACAAUUAGGAGACACACUCUCGUGUCUUGGUGAACAGUUGUACACAUGCGUCGACGGAAACCAAAAUGGUGAUGUAGAUCAACAAUUAUCACGUGUCAAUGACAUAGCAUCGAACCUUGCCUCAAAUGGUAAACUUGUUGAAGAUCUUAUUAAAUCUGGAAACGACUUAGUAAGAACAUUAAAGAGGGGUAAUAAUAGGAAUAAUUAUGAUAUUGAGAACAUUUUGCAAGCAAUUGAGAAUCAACACAAGGAGUUAACAUCUUUAGCCACACUGAAACAAAAUGAACUAAAUACCAAACUCAUGGAAAAUCAGGAUGCUAGUAAUGCAUUGGAUGAUCUUCUUGAAUGGAUAGGGGAAUCUGAAGAUGUGUUUGAUAAUUUGGCACCUGUAAGUCUGGACACUGAUGAAUUGAAUCAACAGAUCAUGGCUCAUAGAGUAAUAACAACAGACAUUGCUAAUCAUAAACCAGCUAUAGAAGCUCUGGCAACCCAGGCUAGAGUCAUCAAUGCACCUGAAGGUAGAAUUGAUGAUUUAGAGUCAAGGUAUAUUGAUCUUGAAUCAAGGGCGUCUGCACGUGGGCAAGAAUUAGAAGCUGUUGAGGACAGAAUAUCGGAAUUCCAACAGGCUGUCAACCAAUUGAAUUCGUGGAUUGGCAAUUCUGUUGAAAGUCUUCACAAGCAAGAAAACAUGCGCAAUGCCCAGGUAGCAUCUAAGAACAUCAAUGACCUAUAUGCUAACAAGAAUGCGAAACAAGAUCAGCUAAACAAUAUCAAGGUUAUGGCAAAGGAUCUGAUAAACGAUCCCAAUACUGGGAAUAAAUCCAAACUACGGGAAACAUUGACUGACGUACAAAGCAGAUGGAAUCAACUUGGUGAAGCUCUUGCACAGAUGCUUUCUAUGGAGGCAAUAGGAAACGUUGACGAAUUGCUGAGGUACCUUGAUCAGGCUGAGAGAGACAUUAACACAGCAGAACCAAUAAGUGCUGAUCCUGAGACUAUUGCUAUGCAAUUGAGAGACCACAAGAUAAUAAACGAUGAGUUAGUGGACAAGAAGAUUUCUGUGAAACAAAUGAUUGAUAAGGCGAAUAAGAUGCUUCGUCAAACAACAAGUCCAGAAGCUGCAACAAUAAAGAACAAACUGGAUGCAAUCAGAAACCAGACUGACCUUGUCUGUAGACUUGGUUCUGAUAGGAUGGCUCAGUUAGAAGAAGCUCUCCCAUUGGCUAGUCAUUUUAGCGAGACACUAUCUGAUUUGACGUCAUGGGCAGGUGAAAUUGAGGCUGAAAUUAAUUCACUUGGGCGAAUGGGUCAAUCACCAGAACAGAUAAAGAAACAGCAAGAUGUUGCAAAGGCGACGCAGAGAAUAAUAGAGGAUCAUAAACCACUAGUCGAAGACCUCGCUAAUAGCGGCAGAGAACUUAGGAAACUGUGUAAUGAGAAUGAUGGUAUUCAAAUACAAGAUGAUGUCACACAUAUGUGCACUAGAUAUGACGAUGUCAAGGCUGCUAUUAGGGAGAAGACUAAUGCACUUGACGAUGCAUAUAGGCAGGCUGCCUCUGAAGUGUCUGAGGCAGUAGAUGGACUUCUAGAUGAGCUAAGGCACAUCGAGGACCAGUAUGAAUCAUCAGACCCAGUUGAUUCUCAACCUAAUAAACUGCAUCAACAGAUCAAUGAUACUCAGAAUCUUUUGGAGGACCUAGACCGAAGGAGAGGUGCCAUCCGUGAGACAAAAGAAGGUGCAGCUCAGCUUAUAAACAAUCUCCAAGACUCCAAUGAGAAAGAAGAUGUUGAAGAUCUCAAAGUGAAGAUUAGUGAAUUGGAAAAGUUGGACGGAACACUGAGUAAAGCUUGUGCCGAGAGAGCUAGGGCGCUAGGAGAUGCAUUGAAAGUUGCUGAGAGAUUCAGUGACCAAUACCAAAAUGCCAUAUCUGCUAUUAAGGAUGGACAAGAUAACCUGGCAUCCCAAGAUUCUCCUGGUGUAGAUGCAGUCACUGUUAAACAACAACAAAAGGAAUUACAGUCCAUCAAGGAUGAACUACAGAAAACUCGGCUUCCUGUUGAAGAUUGCAAGAGAACGUGUGAUCAGCUUAAAAACAUGUGUGGUGCUGGGGCACAGAUGGACCUUCAGAAACAAAUGGAAGAUAUGAUAACCCUUGUUGAUGAUGUCAAUGAAACAGUGAGAGACAGAGAGGAGGAACUUGUAUCUGCAUUAGAUAAUGCUUGUGGAUUCGACAACACUUUACAGUCUAUCUAUGGGUGGCUAACGAAGGCCGAAGACAAGUUUACGACCAUGAGGCCAGUGGCUACUGAUAGCCGAGCUGCGAGAAUACAAAUAGAAGAGCUGAAGGUGGUGAAGGUGUUACUCCUUCCUAAGAGCAGUGAGAUACAGCGACUGAAUCACACAUUAGCUGAUAUAAAGUCCACGUCCCCAGUAACUGCCGAAGCUCUUAGUGAACCGUGUAGGGAUGUCACUGAAAGAUUUGACAAACUUAUCCGAGAAAUAUCUGACAGAGAGAGAUUGCUGAAUGACAAUAUGGUACGCCUUGGCGAGACUGAACACGCCUUAGAUGACAUCAUAGGGUACCUCCAAGAAAUGGAACAGGAAGUGAUCAACCUGGAUGACGUAUAUGGGGACCCAAGAUCUGUGGAAGAGCACCUUAGAAAACUCCAGAUGUUACAAAAGGAUAUACAGAACCAGAGUCCUACCAUAGACUCCAUAAAUACAGCCAUCAAUGAGAUGAUGUCACGCUGUAGAGAAGGAGCAUCACCAAUGAAAGCAAAACAGAAUGAAAUGAAUGGCCUCUGGCACUCAGUCAAUGUAUUUGCUAAGGACAAAGAGAAUAUGAUUCUUGAUACGCUCAAAGAGGCGAAAGCAUUUAUGGGCGAUGUUGAAGAUCUGAUACAGUGGCAGGCAGACUACAGAGCUGAUAUCAAGUCGAGUGCCCCUCUAGGUGCCCUGCCUGACACUGCACAAAAGCAAUAUGGAAAAUUCAUGGAUACCUUCAAACUCAUGGAAGAUAAAGAUGACGAAGUUAAGAUGCUGCUGCUAAACGGUGAAGAUAUGUUGGCUCGAUGUAGAGAGAGAGACACGAGCCAACUGAGGGACAGUCUAAGCAAGCUGAAGCGCAAAUGGCAUAACACCAAAACAAAGGCCAAGGCAAAGAAGAAGAAAAUGGAGGAACAUUUGCAAAAUGUGAACGAAUUUCACGCUGUAUUGCAUGUUCAUACAGAUUGGUUGAAUCAGGCGGAGAAGAUUCUCGCCAAAUUUAAGCACCCGAGUAAACUUGUAGAGCGGGUCACUCAACAAAUACAUGAGCAUAGGUCUUUUAAAGAGGAUAUUGAAGCUCACAAGCAGGUUAUGCAGAAUCUUGAUCUCACGGGAACAUAUCUGAAAUACUUCGGACGGAAACAAGAUACAGUGUAUAUCAAGAAUCUCCUAAUAAGCAUUAAGUUAAGAUGGAAGAAACUCGUGCGUAGGGCUGACGAAAGGGGGCGCUUGUUGAGUCAAGCAUACAGAGAAGACAAGCGGUUUUAUGAUGCAUGGAAGGGACUCUUAUGUUGGUUAGAUGAAAGUGAAAUCAAAUUGGCGAAAUUCAACAAUUGCCAAUCUUCUCAACUUGUCAAACAGGACAUGGAGGAAUUGAAGCAUUUCCAGCAUGAGAUGACAUCCAAGCAUCCUCAGUUUUAUUCGACUAUGCGGGCAGGGCGGAACCUCAAGGAUAGGUGUACAAAGACAGAUCCCGAGAGGGAUGUCUUGCAAAAUAUGCUUGACGAACUAAAAAACAACUGGACAGUUGUCCGAUCUUUAGUUUCGCAAAGACAAAACAAACUAGACGAGGCACUGUUAUCGUCAGGUAGAUAUGGCGAUGCCAUUCAGUCACUCAACGAGUGGCUUUCUAGAGCAGCAGAGAAUCUAGGGGAACAUCAGCCUGUCCUCGGUGACAUUGACACAGUUAACAUACUUGCUGAACAGAAUAAGUCAUUCCAACAAGAGCUAGAGGCACGUGAGAGCACCCUAGCUACCAUUAAAUCAUCGCCACAUCUAGACCCAAGUCUACUGUCUCAACUAGAUGACCUGACACAUCUGUGGGACAAAGUUAGGCACCUCACUGGGACACGUGAAGGACGGCUAGAUGAUGCGCUUAAUCUGGCAGAGGAAUUCAAUGAUGUUGUCCAGGUUAUGAGGGACUGGCUACCUCAAGCAGAAUCAGAACUGAAGUUUAGAGCCCUACCAGAAGACGAAGAUGCUAUUAUAGAACUCAUUGAAAACCAUGAGCAUUUCCAGGAGCAACUUGAAAGUUAUAGGCCUACCGUUGAUAGAAUCAAAUCUCUUGGGAAUGAUAUCCUAGAGAACUGUCAUCCAAACGCUAUCCGAUUUAUCAAAUACUACCUCACAAUCACACAGACCAGAUGGGAGCAAGCCAUUACCAGAUCACAGGCCCGCUCACAGAGGCUACAAGAAGCACUUAGAAAUAUCCGAGGAAAUGCAGCUCUACUGGAGGACCUCCUCACAUGGUUGUCUGAGGCACAGACACUACUCAAUGCAAAGGAGAAAGACCCUAUCCCUGAAGAUCUGACCAUAGUUGAACAACUUAUGAAAGAACAUUUGGAAUUCCAUGAAGAUCUUGCCACUAAGAGUCAUGACGUUGACAAGGUUACUAAGGCACCUGCGAGGGAAUCUAAGAAAACAAAACAGUAUGGCAGCAACUGGAAAUUGAAUGAGACAGAAGGACUGAGUCCAAGAGUUGUAGCACUGCAGACAAAAUGGCGAACUAUAUGGAGAAUGUCUGUUGACAGAAAGAAAACGUUACAGGACUUACUGGACCAUCUUCUUGAGUUGGAGAGUUUCAAAAAUUUCGACUUCGAUCUUUGGCGCCAAAGAUACAUGAACUGGAUUAAAGCAAAGAAGUUGAGGAUAACUGAUUUCUUUAGGCGACAAGAUAAAGAGGGCCAUGGUACUCUAAACAGAUAUGACUUUGUGGAGGGGAUGCUUACUUCACGUUUCCCCACCAACAGGACUGAGCUUAAUGCAGUAUUUGAUAUAUUCGACCAAGACAACAGCGGAGAGAUUGACUACAGGGAAUUCGUUGAUGCACUUAAACCAGAACGUUUCAGAGCAAAGAUGAAAAAUGUUAAGAGGCAAAUGACUGACAGCGAGUUGAUACACGAUGAAAUAGAGAGACAGAUAUCACACUGCACGUGCAGACACCAGUUCAAGUGUGCAAAAAUAGGAGAGGGGAAAUAUAAGUUUGGUGAAAACCAAAAGUUGAGACUUGUUAGAUUCCUGAAUAGUACCGUGAUGAUCAGAGUUGGCGGAGGUUGGGUGACGUUAGAAACAUUUGUGGAGCAAAACGACCCCUGUAAAGCAAAAAUAAAAAUUCACGAAUUCCGUGAGCAAAUGCUCUCUCCUGAAAGCAGUUUUCAUUCCACUAGUGGCACUGGUAGAUUAUCACUGUCUGUGCCUCGAAGAAAAAGUACCACUGCUACACCAAGAAAGCAAUCAGAUGCUGGUUAUGCGAGUGGUGGCAGCAGGAGUCUUCUUGAUAGCAGACGAUCUUUGGGCAGUGCAGCCUCGUCUUGGUCUCAUCUUUCCCAUAAUGCCCCGGGGCUCAGUCAGUACAGGGGCAAUACACCUGACUUUGGUGGCGCGUCUCCGCGAAGCCUGGCGUUAAGCAGGCGUGACCUUGGCAGAGCAGCCUCGUCUUGGUCUAACCUAGCAAUAAGGUCAACUCUUAGUCCAAUGAGUCCCGUCAGGUCACGGGAGGUAUCUUCUCAGGGUUCAUCUGGAAGUAUAACCAAAAGACGUCCAAGUCAGUCCAGCAGUGGGUCUAGUGAAUCUCCACUUAGAUCCACAGCAAUAUCACCAUCCCCACUUUCAACCAACAGAAGGCCAUCAUCCAGAGGCCCCAUUACGAGUACUCCAAAAACAAAUGGCACAAAUGGACUUUCACGAUCUAAAUCCGGGACUCGUGUUGCGUCAUCAUCUCGUUCAACGUCAUCAUCUCGAGCAAAAUCUCCGCACAGACCUCAGACUCCAAAACAGAAGUUGGGAAGAGACACUAUCGCAUAUUAAACUCUCAUCUUGUGUUUUUACAUCCCUUGAUCAAUAAAUUAUUGAUGGAUUUACUCCAGUAAUAUGUACUCUUAUAUAAUGUAUAUUUUUACUUAGAACACAUACGUAUGAACAAAAAUGUAAAGCUAUGCAUCUGUAAAUAAAGAUAUUUUAAUAUUCCAGCACAUUAAUUUAUAUUACAUGUAACUGUGUAUUUAUAUGUACAUUUGUAUCAUAUAUAAGAUAAAUAUAUGUCCACUAUUAUAUUAUAUUACAUUGUAUUAUACUUUAUGAUA